AUGGAACCAAAGGAAAACAACGGUGAAUCUGAAGCUUCAAGCUCAGUCAGAGUCGCAGUCCGAGUCCGACCUCUAAUAGGAAGCGAAAAAAUCGAAAGUUCCCAAAUCUGUAUAACAUCUGACCUUGACCGCAAUACUAUAAUAAUUGGAAAAGAUCGUGAGUUUGCAUUUGAUCACGUGUUCGGCGUCGAGUCAAAACAAAGCGAAGUCUUUGAGGUUUGUGCGAAAGAUUUGGUCUUGAGCUGUUUUAGUGGGUACAAUGUAACAGUAUUAGCUUAUGGGCAAACUGGGAGUGGCAAAACUUAUACCAUGGGAAGUGGCCAAGUAUUAAACUUACUUGAUGAAGAGGUAGGGAUAAUUCCCAGAGUGAUAAAAAUGAUAUAUGAGGAAAUUGAUAAAAGAAAAGGCAAGGCGGAAUUUACUAUAAAAGUGAGCUUUUUAGAAAUUUAUAAUGAAGAUAUACAUGACUUAUUAGGUGCUAACAGCAUGGUGCCUGAAAAACCAAUAUCAAUUAGAGAAGAUAAAGGAAGCAUUUUAUUGAUGGGGCUGCAUGAAGAAACAGUGGCUACUGAUGAAGAAAUGUCUAUGUGUUUACACAGAGGCAGCAUCCAAAGAAGCACUGCGUCAACACUUAUGAAUUCUCAAAGCAGCCGAUCUCAUGCAAUUUUUACAAUUAAUAUAGAGCAACAAGUAUUAGAAGACGAAGUCACUGGAGAAAAAAUCAGUGAGACUCAAGAAUAUAGAGGUUUCCUCUAUAUAGCGCUGAAAGCGCAGACAUUUUCCCAGGAACUUUCCAAGUUCGUCGGACCAAAUCGCUUUUUGGUCCGACCAAGGCAUUGAUUUGGUGCAACCAACCGAUAAAUUCCGAUCAGAAUUUAUCGGCCUUACAGCGCCAAACAUAGGAAACUUCUAUACAUGAUCGCUAAGUUUCAUUUUGUAGACCUAGCCGGCUCUGAAAGAGCGAAAAGGACUGGAGCUGUUGGAGCUACAUUAAAAGAGGGGAUCAGUAUUAAUAAAGGCUUGUUAUGUUUAGGAAAUGUGAUAAGUGCGCUUACUGAAGACUCAAAAAAGUCAACUCAUGUUCCUUAUAGAGAUUCCAAGCUCACAAGAAUAUUACAAGAUUCAUUAGGAGGGAACGCUAAAACCUAUAUGAUUGCUUGUAUAUCUCCAGCAGAAAUCAAUUUUGAAGAGACUUUGAAUACUUUGAAAUACGCCAGCAGAGCUCGACAUAUAAAAAAUAAGCCUAUUGUUAAUAGAGAUCCGCAGUCAGCUAUGAUUGCUCAGCUUCGACAAGAAGUGUUUGCUUUAAAGCAGGAAAUUAUGAACUAUAGGAAAGUUAUCACGAUGGACAGUUCUGAAGAAAUAAAAGAAGCUUUCGCACAGAUAGCUAGAUUAGAUUAAGAUUAAUUCUAGCGAGAGACUGGGGUUUAUUUUAGUCCCUACCUUUCACGAGUUAGCUUCACGUUCAAGUUGUGCUAGACAAUAGUCCCAACUAAGGUCCUUUUUCCGUCGACGACACCAAAAAAUGGUAAUGCCGGACAGCCUGUCGGAGAGACUCGCCCGCUCAGGUCUUGAUCCUUUGAUCAGCGAUUAAGAACUGCAUACCGUUAGCAGGGCUUGGCGUAUUGCUGAAUCACCCAAAAUCUCCUUAUUGGCCUGCAUUAGCCCUAAGCAGACUAAAGAUUGCCUUGCAAGAAGUAUGAAAGGAUAUUGCGCCUCGACCAGUCGUUUGUAGCCGAGGAAAAGGCUUAGCACCAAAAAACACCCAGAUGACUAUCGCCAAUGAGAUCCUCCAUCCACACGGCCUGAUUCAGCACGCAAGAUAACAAGGACCUAACUCUACUCGCCAUUUAAAUAAUUAUCUCGUACAGAUGAAGACAGGGAAUUUCGAAGAUGAAGAUAGAAAAGUGAAGCUAAAAUGCCAACAGCUGGAAAAAAGGGUCAGCCAGCUGACGAUAGAACUAGAUAAAUAUAGAAGCAGCUCUAAUGACAGCGAAAUUGAAAAUUUAAAUACAAUUAAAGAAAGGGAUAUUUAUAAGUCAAAAGUGGAAAAAUACGUAGAACUCCUUAAAGAGCAUAAUUUAUAUGUGGAAGAAGAAGAGGAAUUUAAGCUGCCAAGCUUACUAGAAGAGUACUCAAAAACUAUUGAAAAGCUUAAAAAAGAUUUAUUUGAAAAAGACAAAAUGUUCAAGGACUUGCAAGUUGAGUAUGAUAAUCUUAUGCAAGCAUAUGAGCAAGAUGAAGCAAUGCUUAAUAAAAAAACACAAGAAAUCGAAAUCCUUAAAAGAUCAAAAUCAAGCUCAAAAGGACUUGACAACUUAAAUGAAUUCGUCAUCAAAAAUUUUGACGACUAUGGAAAAAUAUUUGCCGAAACAGUGCUUGCUAAAAUAGAAAAACAAGAAAAUGCACAAGAAAACGCACAAGAAAAUCCACAAGAAAACCCAGAAGACGAAGAGACCCCAGAAACCCCAGAUUUAGAAGACCCAAGUACUGAAGAAGAGCCACCAUGUCUCGCAGAAAAAGAAGAGCUGAUCAAAGUUGAGUCAAAAAUCAGAGAAAAAGAAGAUAUGCUCCGCAAUAUAGAAGAAGCUUUCAAAGAGCUCCAAAGUAAACUAUUAGAAGAAAUGUCCCAACAAUAUUAUUUAAAAAUAGAAGAACUCGAAAAAGAACUUCACACAACUGUAAAAGAAAGAGACAUGGCACUGGAAAAGGUCAGAGAAGGCAGCAAUGCAGAAAAACAAAACGUCGCGGAAAGAUUCAGAGCCAAAAUCUCUCAGCUUGAAGAAAAAUUAAAAGAAAAUCAAAGAAAAGAUAGAGAACAAACCGCAUUAUAUAAACUUGUAGAAAACCAAAAAAUUCAGCUAGCGAAGCUAGCUGCUGAUAUAAAUAAAGCUAAGCAAGAUAAAGUCGCGCUUUCAAAGAAAAUCAAAGAAGAAAACGAAGCACACAAUAAAUGGAAAGCAUCACGUCAAAAAGAAAUUCUACAGAUGAAGCAGCUGAAUUUAAAAAAAGAUAAAGAGAUUCAGAAACUUCAGAGCGAAAAUAGAAAAAAAGAAUUAAUUGCGAAAAGGAAAAGUGAAGAACUGGCAGCUAUCCAAAGAAGACAAAGAGAUAUUGCACUUAAAAGAAGAUCGAAAGGGUCAGAUAAAAGAGAUAUAAUGAAAUGGGUAUCAGAUUAUGCAUCAGCGUGCAUAGAAGAACGAGAGCUGAGAGUCAAGAUACAUCUCAGAUUUUUCAGCAGGAGGUAAUAUCAAAACCUACCUUUUAACUCCCAGUUGAUGACGUUGACAGCCAUCUUUUCUGACAUGACCCCACCAAAAGGGCCAAAAAGCCUCCACUGAUCGCGUUGACCUCGCUCUAGACUUAACUUCUGCGCGUGUUCCAUCUAAGGGCCGCCCUCCUCGGGUAUGUCAAGCGGUAAAACUCCUAACAUCCUAAAAUUCUGGGCAAGUGGCUUACCUUAUAUGAUAAGCCAUGCUUGGCAUUGUGGAUAAAGGUGCACCAGAUAAAUCGAACCCAUAAGAAUAAAAUUCGCAGAGGAGGAAAAGUUUGCUGAAUAAACCAUUUCCGUACAUAUCUAUUUUAUUAUUAUGAGUCAAGAUACAGAAUGAUAUCACAGAAAAAGACGAAAUUGAAAAGCAAAAGCUUGAAUUAACUCAACAGUUCGCUAUUGCAAAGCUAAAACUUGAAAAACUUGAAAUGGGAUAAGACUGGUGUUGCAUAAUAUUCGUUCUAUUAUUUUAAAACAUGCAAAAAAUAUGUGAAAUUCUCCUCAUCUCGAAAUGGUGUAUGAAGAAUCUGGACUUAUUAAUGAUGAAACUCACUUGGCAUCAAAAAUCCAAGAGACUAAAAGUGAGCUAGAAUAUCUCAGUGAACAAUUAGAAACACUUGAAGAAAAACUCAGAUUUAAACAAGAAAAAAUAAUCGAAACAUCCCAACUGCUCGCAAACUCUGAAGUAGAAGACAUCAAGGCAAAAUCGUUAGCCAUAAAUACACUCGAUGACGCUCAUUUACUGAUUUCUGCUUUAUUUGACGAAGUCAUGACAAGAGCUUCAGAAUCCAAACAGUUCGGCAAAAACUUACAGAAAAAUGAAAUCCAGAUCCAGAACCUCAAAUUAAUCAACGAUGAACUGACUUAUGAAAAAGAUUUAUUGCUGAGACAGCAUGAAGCAGAAAGCACAAGGCUUAAAAUGGAAUAUGAAGCUAGAGAAAAACUUAUAUUGGAAGAACUAGAAGAAAGGAAAAACGUCCAUGUCAUUGUGCCUGUUAAUACUGAAGAGCCAGAUAAAGUUAUAGAAGAAUUAGUCAAAAAAGAUAAAGAAAACCAAGAAAUUAUUGACAAUUUGAGAAAAGACUUGGAGAACACUCUGCAAAAAUAUAAUAAGUAUAGAAAAGCGUUUAUUGAGAUGAGGGAACAAGUUCUACAGAUGAAGGAAGAAGAAAAUAAAGCCAAGCCUAAGGUUCCACCGCCUAGCACAAUAACUUCUCUAGCAAAAGCAAGAGAGCAAGCAAAAAAUAAAAGAGAAAAAGUUGAAGAGGAAACUAAAAAACCAAAAAAGCCGCAGUCAGUAAAUAGUUCUCAAAGCAAAAUUCCAAGGGCUAUUAGUUUUGAUAGUGAAGACGCUAUGACUGACAAAACGCAGAGAACAAAACUUAAAAAAUCUGAGACUAGUGUAAAUCAGUCAAUGGAACAGUCAAAUCAGCCCUCUCAAAGAUGGCAGUGCACUCAGAGCUUAGAAGCGCAUACAAGUGCAGUGUGUUCAAUGGUUUACCAUGAAAACAUUUUAUACACAGGCUCGAAUAAGGCAUUCAAAAUGUGGUCGUUUGACACUUUGAGUGUCAUUAGUGAAGUGCCUUGUCAUAACUCCUUUAUAAAAGCAAUGGCAUUUUGGCCUGAAAACUCAUUGAUUUUUACAGGCUGUAACAAAGAAAUUAACAUCUGGGAUGCAAUUUCUCUCCAGAAAAUUUCUUCCUUUGUUGGACAUUGUGAAGAUGUGAGGGCUUUGCAUAUGAAAGAUAAUCUGCUUAUUAGUGCUGGGAAAUCAUUAUCGGAUGGUCCUAGCAUUUUUAUAUGGGAUUUGCGAAGAAAUAAUACCCCAUUAUAUAAAACUGAAAACAUGCAGGAUAUGUACAGUAUAAAUGUACAUGAUAAUAUAGCUUAUUAUUCAGGCAGGACUCAUAAUAUUGGUAGACUUAAUUUAAGAAGCUUUGAAACAAUAAAGCCAUAUGAAUCUAACCACACUGAUAUAAUUACAAGCCUUGCUAUCUACAAAGACUCAAUUAUAUCAGGAUCCAGAGAUAAAACUAUAAAGAGAUGGGAUAGAGCUGAUAAUGUAAAUUAUCAGCCUAUAUUGAAUGCUCAUACUGACUGGGUUAAUAGCAUAAUUACUGAUAAUAAAGGAAAGUAUAUAUUUACGGCUGGGAAAGAAGGAAAAGUAAAAGUCUGGAAAGGAGGAAGAAACCUAAAAAUGGCUUCUGAAAUCAUAGGGCAUGCAUCAUCUGUUAAUUGUAUAGCCCCACUUGCCAAUAAUGAUAUCGAGAUUAUAAGUGGUGGCACUGAUAAAUUUAUUAAGGUAUGGAAACUAAUUGAAGAUAACUCGGGCUCAGAUAGCGAGGGCUCUAAUAACUAA